UAACCGCUACAAGCAGCCGUGUGGAGGAAGGCUCCAUUAGUAGCGCAACGCAAAAAGGAAAAAAGUCGCCACACCGGGAAGGAUUUCUAAGCACGUUGGUCCCCUACAUGAGAUGUCAGCCGUUAGAAGCUUCGACACAUUAAGGAUAUUUCUGAAAAGAUGGGACAGCGUAGGUACAGUCAUCAAAUGGAUAGCAGGAACUCCAGAUGCAGACGACCUGAGAAUCAUCAAUGGAACCAUGAACAAACUAAUUACCAACAACAACCAGCAAUUCCUAUUUAAUGAAGCACUUAACUCCAGAGUCAUUCAUCUUACCAACAUUACAAAUGAGUUACUACAGCUGGACUACAAAUCAAAACAACAACAUACCAUCGAAAUUAAUCUUCUAACUAUUAUACUCAACAUUGAUGCCAUUCAACACCAAUUAGAAGUCCUUGAAGAUGCCAUACUAUUAGCGAAAAACGGUAUUCCAAGCAGCCAAAUAUUCUCGAUUAAAGAUUUCAGGAGAAUCCGAACUUUCCUCAAACAACAACAAAUAUUUGUCUCAUCGUUUGAAGACUUAUUAACGAGAGCAGUAGCAAAAAUCGCUGUAAAUGACACCCAAUUUAUCUACAUACUACAAAUUCCACAACUUUCAACGGAUAUUUUCGACUAUGAAUUUGUAGAUCCUUUGAUUAUCAAUGAAAGAAGAAUCCACAUCCAAUCUAAUUACGUCAUCAAAAAUAAAACUCAUGUUUUCGAAACUCUGACCCAAUGCAAAGAGGAAAAUGAGUUGUACCUAUGCGAAUCUGAAGCAUUGAAACCUACUAGUCAAUGCAUAAGUAAUAUUAUCAACCUUCAACAUGCAAAUUGCACUUAUGAAAAGGUUUAUGACAACGGAAUUAUAAAAAGAAUCAACGAAGCAACAUUACUUUUGAAUAAUGUGAAUGUAACCCUUCAAUCUAAUUGCAGCAAUAAUACACAACGAUUAGAAGGAUCAUACUUAAUAAAUUUCGAUCAAUGCGAAAUCUUUAUUGAUAACAUCCAAUAUCUAAACACAAUGAUGGAAACAACAAAAAAGUCAUUCAGACCAACAACAGGAAUACUCGCUAACGAAAACAACAUAGUUGAUCUUCCACCACCAGAAGUUUUAGCUAACUUGACAAUUAAACAUAGGUCAAUGCUAAAACAUGUAUAUCUACAAAAUGAAUCAUUCAAAUGGAAGAUUCACAUUUUUGGAUCAAUGAGCAUUUUAACUCUUUGCUUAAUUAUAGGAACAAUUGGUUUGUACGCAAUCAGAAGAAGAACACAUAAAAAUACAUCAGUAGAAAUCAAGCUUCUCAACAGAAUACCAACAGCGCCUAAGGAAAAUCUACAAAAAUCAGCAGAUAUCUCUGACGAAAGAAUACCAACGGCACCGAAGGAAAAUCUACCAAAAUCACCAUACCCAGAUGUCUCCGAUGAAAGGUUCCAAGAAAUCGUAACAUACUUCAAUACGCCAACGUCUUCCAGACCAAUCAGACUUUGAGGACAAAGUCAUUUAGGAGGGGAGGAGUUACCGCAUAGAAGCUACCACGCGCCCAUCCAUCGAGUUCGAUAUUAUAAAUAAAAUCAAUAACCCAAACAUUAAUCGAUAAUAAACAUGAACAUUCCGUUCCCAGACACAAACCAAAGUCAAUACGAACAUUCCAUUCCCAGAGAAUGAGAAAUUAAACAUAAAACAAUCCCAGUAGAUAACGAUUCAUUUCAGACAGAAUAA